CACUAUCGACGGUAGACUAGGGAGUCCAACCAUUACACCUUCCUUCCUUCCUGGCUCUCUCUUUCUCUCUCUCUCUCUCUCUCGUCGCUCGUUACUUGAAUACCACCACUUUCAGCACUCAGACCUGUAGUUCGUUUUUUGUACUGGACAUGUCUAUACUAUAUAUAUAGAGAGAGAGUGAGUGAGAGUGAGAGUGAGGGAGGGAUAUUUAUAUGUAGAAUGGGUUGCGCGACGUCGAAGCUGGACAACGAGGACACGGUGCGGCGGUGCAAGGAGCGUCGACGCCUCAUGAAAGAGGCUGUUUACGCUCGACACUACCUCGCCUCGGCCCACGCCGACUACGUCCGCUCCCUACGACUCACCGGUUCCGCCCUCUACUCCUUCGCCCAAGGUGAAUCCCUCUCCGUCUCCGAGCAAACCCCCGCCGUCUUCCUCCACCCACCAAACCCCGUCCCUCCACUUGUCCCCUCCCCUUCCCCUUUCCCUGCUUUCCAUCAACCACCGGAACCUCCUCCAUUGUCUACUAAUAUCCCCAGCUCCAAGCUUCCCCCCCACACUCUCUCUUCCUCCACUACCACUCCUCACCGAACGACGUCGUUGAAAAAUCCAAAACCGAAACCGAAACCGAAACCAAGGCUUCCUCACAUCCUCUCCGAGUCGAGCUUUUCUAGUUCCUCCCCACGAAGCGAUUUCUUCCCCACCGGUUACCAGGCCAAUUCCACCUACUCCAGAACUCCGUCCCAAGCUUCCUCCUCUAUCUGGAACUGGGAGAACUUGUACCCUCCCUCCCCUCCCGACUCCGAAUUCUUCAACCAACGGGGUACCCAGUUCCACAAUGGAAGAAUCGACCAUCCGCAGCAACACCAUUUGGACGUCGACGACGACGAAGAAGAAGGAAUCGAGAAAUCGGAGUACGACUUCUUCGACAAAAAAUAUAGGGAGGAGGAGACAGAGACGGCCACCGACGCGAAGCGGGGGCGAGAGCGAGAGGAGGUGCAAUGUAGCGAAUGGGAAGAUCGUUACAGCACCACCAGCUCGUCGGAAGAAGAAGAACUGGCGGGUGAAGGCCACGGGGAUUUGAGAUCCGAGAUCGGCACCCACUCGAACUUUGGCGGGGCAUCAUCGGUGGCUGCUCCUGAGCCACCGCGGAACUACUCGAAGAAGACAAAGUCGGAGGACGCGGGAUCGUCGGCAGGAAGCUAUCGGACCGGGGAGAUCUCGUCGGACAACAUGAAGAUAGUGGUGAGGCACAAGGAUUUAAAGGAGAUUGUGGAGGCCUUAAAGGAGAAUUUCGAAAAGGCCGCCACGGCCGGCGAGCAGGUCUCGGUGCUGCUCGAGAUUGGCAGGGCUCAAUUCGACCGGAGCUUCAGGCAGCUCAAGAAGACAGUGUACCAUUCAAAUGGUGUGUUGAGUAACCUGAGCUCGACCUGGACCUCAAAACCGCCACUGGCAGUUAGGUAUCGGCUUGACGCCGAGUCGCUCAAUGAACCGGGCGGUCCAAAGAGCCUCUGUUCCACCUUAGAGCGGCUCUUGGCUUGGGAGAAGAAGCUCUAUGAAGAAGUUAAGGCUAGAGAAGGCGCGAAAAUUGAACAUGAAAAGAAGUUGUCCGCUCUGCAGAGUCAGGAAUACAAAGGGGAGGCUGAAACCAAGCUAGACAAGACCAAGACUUCAAUAAAGAGGCUGCAGUCACUGAUUAUUGUCACAUCUCAGGCUGUCUCUACCACCUCAAGUGCCAUCAUCGGCCUUAGAGACUCUGAUCUUGUUCCCCAGCUUGUUGAACUCUGUCACGGGUUCAUGUACAUGUGGAGAUCAAUGAACGAGUACCAUGAAGUUCAGAACAACAUUGUGCAACAAGUCCGGGGCCUCAUGAACGGGUCAACCAAGGGUGAUUCAACCUCGGAAUUACACCGUCAGGCAACUCGUGACCUUGAAUCGGCUGUCUCUGCCUGGCACUCCAGUUUCUGCAGCCUUAUAAGGUUUCAAAGGGACUUUAUUCGAUCCCUCCAUGGUUGGUUCAAGCUCACCCUUUUACCAGUCAACAACGACAACAUCAAUGGCAACAGGGAAACCUCUGAUGCAUAUGCCUUCUGUGAUGAGUGGAAACUUGCCCUUGAUCGUGUUCCCGACACAGUUGCUUCUGAAGCUAUCAAGAGCUUUAUUAACGUCGUUCAUGUGAUAACUGUAAAACAAACUGAAGAGCUCAAGAUAAAAAAACGUACUGACACUGCAUCAAAGGAGCUUGAGAAAAAGGCUUCAUCUCUUAGAAACAUAGAAAAGAAGUUCUACCAUUCAUACUCCAUGGUAGGUAUUGGUGUUCCUGAUCCUGGGCCUGAGAAUGGGCAAGUAUUGGAUGCCCGGGACCCACUUGCCGAGAAGAAAUCCGAGCUUGCAGCCAGCAAAAGACGGGUGGAAGACGAGAUGCUGAGGCAUUCCAAGGCGGUAGAGUUGACGAGAGCGAUGACACUAAAUAAUCUUCAGACGGGCUUGCCAGGAGUUUUCCAGGCAUUAACCAGUUUUUCUGCCUUAUUCACAGAGGCACUCCACUCUGUAUGCACCCGUUCCUAUGCAAUCAAAUAGGUUACAUACAAUUAUGCUGCUUGAGUUUCUGGGGUAAUUUGGAUUCUACAAGGGCUGGUAUUUUUGUUUUUUGUUUAGAGUAGGCAGUCUCUUAUUGUUGUAACUGUUAGUUUUGGGGGUUCUUUUGACUUUGUAAAUAUGAGGAAUCACUCGUUUCGUGGAAAGGAGAAUUUCUCUGUAUAGGAAAUUGCUGGGAUUGUUAUGUCAGGAAUUGACAGAUACUGCAAAUGAAUAAAUAUAAGCCUUCUCUCUC